AUGAGUGACUUUACUGGCCCCGGUAACUACAAGAUCUGGUCUCGGCACAGUGACAAAGUGUUGAACAUUUGGGGAGGGGACGAGGAAGGAAAACGAGUUGGUAUCUGGGCCGAUCUCACGAAUGGUAAAUAUGGCGAGUACUACCAGCAGUACGUUAUUGCUGCUGCUGGGAACGAUGAAUACUUGAUCCUUCACCAGAAGAAAGGUCUCUAUAUGACUGCAACAAAGGGGGGGAGUGACGACGUUCACUUGAACUGGACAAGCCCGAUGAACCCAGACGCGAGAUGGAAGAUCAUACCGGUGCGGGAUGGUAGUGGAGCUUACAGCAUUGAGAGUGUUGGUAACCCAGGCCAGUUUUUGGAUAUUCAACGGUCCCAAACUGCAGAUGACUCCCCAGUCCUGACUUGGCGCGGUACCAAGAAUAAGAACCAGCAGUUCUUCUUGCGCAUGGCUUAG